AUGGCAAACACCCCAGUUGUCCAGCUGCUCCAGCAGUUGAUGGAGAUCCCAUCGGUCAGUGAGGAAGAGCAAAAGAUUGGCAUUUUCCUUUCAAAAUAUCUAGAAAAUCUCGGAUACACUGUUGAGCUCAUUCCCAUUGCACCCGAUUCCGACCGCUGCAAUGUUUAUGCCUAUCUGGGUGCCGACCGCAAGGCUCGAACCUGCAUGACUUCCCACAUGGACACCGUCCCGCCCCAUAUUGAUUUCAAAAUCGAGGGCGAUAUCAUCUACGGGCGCGGAGCAUGUGACGACAAGGGCCCAUUGGCCGCUCAAAUCAUAGCUGCCGAGGAGUUACGUGCGGAGCGGGCCAUCAAAGACGGUGAUAUCUCUCUUCUAUUCGUUGUGGGCGAAGAGAAGGGUGGUCCUGGCAUGCUUGCUGCAAAUGACAUGAAAUUGAGUUGGGAAGCGAUUAUGUUCGGAGAACCUACUGAAGGGAAACUGGCAGUCGGUCACAAGGGGCAUUUCGUGUUCGAGCUCUUUGCAAAAGGUUUCGCCAGUCACUCCGGAUAUCCUGAGAAGGGUAAGAAUGCGGCCACUACCCUGGUGACAUUACUCGACGAGCUCAAAUCUUUGGACCUCCCAGCAUCGGAGCUGCUGGGCCCUACAACCUUCAAUCUUGGUAAGAUUGAGGGCGGUGUAGCCUACAAUGUUCUUGCCGCAGACGCUUAUGCUCUAUGUGGCAUCCGCGUUGCCGCAAACCUCGAAGAGAUUGAGAAAAAGGUCGCCGAGGUAGCCAAAAAGUACCCCGAUGUCACGCUGAAGAAGUCAUUCGGGUACUCUGAGACGUACCUAGACUAUGAGAUCGAAGGAUUGGAUUCGAUGCCGGUUUCAUUUGGCACCGACAUUCCACGUCUAAAGGGAAACCACAAACGCUACCUAUACGGACCCGGGUCUAUUUUACACGCUCACGGAGUAAAUGAGCAAGUGGCAAUUCCGGAUCUGAUUGAAUCUGUUGCUGUGUACAAGAGACUUGUCUUGGCAUCAUUGGAAAAGAACGUGCAAUAG